UUUCUGACAAGCGUAGAAAAACUCUCGUCAACAGGACGGCCGCCAUUUUACGUUAGGCCGAUAACUCGCGCGGUGUGUGUUGUGAACACCCCAUCGCGACAUAUAAACUUUUGUGAAUUUAAUAAAUUUUUUAAAUAAAUUAAUUUCGGCAAAGUGCCGUUUUGUUAUCACCUCGUAAAAUUAUUUAAACAAAUCACACAUUGCAACAUUAUCACGAGGGAAAGCAAGUGCAAAUGGAUUGAUAAGGAUUACACAAAAAAAGAGAGAGACAAGAAGAAGAAAAAAAAACCAGCAAAUAAUAAUAACAUCAACAUAUAAUAAUAAUAAUAAUUGAAAAAAUUAAAUAUAAAACAAAAUAUACAUUGAAUUAUUGUGAUGUGAUAUUAUAUAAAAUAAUAUUAUUAAAAAAAAUGUACGCGUCUAUUUUGCGCGCCCAUUAAACCAAGGUGUUACAGACAUAAAUGAAUGAAGAGUAAGUGCUGGUAAAUUAGUUUUGUGUAGUGUGUUUAAUAUUAGUUAAAGAUGGUGCCAGUUGCCGUCGCGGGUGCGUUAUCGUCGCUGGCUGGUUGAAAAGUUUUAACGGCGUGCACCCAGCCAGUCUGACACGGUGUGUUGAUCAGUGUUGAUCACACUUCAUCCAUCAAAUAAACCAAAAUUCAAUUUUUUUUUUUUUUUUUUUUUUUCAACAAAUUUAUAUUUAACCAAAAAACAACAACAACAAACAUCUCAUUCAAACAAAUAUUUAUACAAAAUAAAUAACAACAACAACGACGACGACAACAACAACAAAACAUCAAUGUUUUUGUGUAUGUGUAUAUAUUAUUAAUAUGUGUGUGUGUGUGUUUGUUUGUUUAUAAAUAAAUUUUUUAAAUAAAAGAAAAAAGUUUUUAUUUAUUGGUUAUAUUUUUUUUUUUGUUAAUAAUUAAAAAGUAAUAACCAACAGAGCAAAAAAAAAAAAGAGAAGAAGAAGAAGUUUAUUAAAAUGAGAAAAAAAGAGAGAAAAAACAACAUUGAUAGUGAAACAGUAUAAAAAAAAAAAUAAAUAGAAAAAUAAAUAUAUAUUAUCUAGCUUUUAAUAUAUAUAUUUUGAUGAUUAAUUAAGUGCGUGUAAAUUCGCGCUGACUUUGCUGAUUUAUCAUCUCGUGGAAGGGCCAUCGCGUCGAAGCAGCGUUGCCCGCCGCCGCGAUCAUCCUCACAACCUAAGCGCUACGAUCGCUUCAAUUUGUGACUCCGGCUGUUGUACGCAAUUUUUUUUUUUUCUCAUCAUCCAUUAUUUAAUAAUUAAUUCAACAAAAUCUACCUAUCAAUAUUAAAAUUAAUAUCAAAAUUUGAUAAUACAAAGCAAUAAAACAACAACAACAAAAUAUAAACAAAAAAUAUAUUAAUAUAUUUAAAAAAAAGCAACAACAUACACACAAGGUGGUUAUGUCAAAAAGUAAAAUAAUUUUAUUGGACAUACUGAUGUGUAUAUUUAUUGACUAAUGAUUAUCAUCAAAAAUAAAAAAAUAAAAAAAUAACCUAAAAAAAGAAGAAUUAAUUGUUGUUUUUAUGUGGUGUUUAUAUAAACAAAAUAAACAAGUGAUACAUGGAUAUUUGUGGUGCUGAUGGUGAUAAUUAUUAAUGGAGUUAAUUGAGAUCAUUAUUUGAUCUCAAUAAAUGAUAUUUAAUUUAUAAUGCCCGAUGGCUGAUGCCGAUGCAAAGCGUGUACGAGGACGCUUAGCACGCCGCGUUUAUUUACAAAAUUGUUUAUAUCAAAAUUGUAAUAAUGAAUUUAACGCGGUAGGAGAUUUUCUCCACCGCGUAUACGAGGAUUUAUCAAAAGCCUCAUUUUAUUUGACAAAUAUUAAACAUAACAUUGGUGGACCAGACAAAUAGUAAAUUCUUUUUUUUUUUUCUCAAUUUUUUUUUUCCUUUUUUUUUUUACAUUUAAAAUAUAGUAAUUAUAUUGACAUAAUACCAGUAAUUGGUAUUUAUUGUAUAUAUCAAAUGAAGAUAUAUAAACAAAUGUAUUUAAUAUAAAUAAAUAUAAUAUUUUGACUUAAUAUUAAAAAACAGAAGAGAAAACAAAAAACAUAAAUUUAAAAAAAAAACGUCGUGGAGUCGUUAUUUUUAUCAAGUGUUGAUUGUUGGUGUGUCGUCAACAAUAAUCCCUCAAUCAAAAUAUUGUUAUUAAUUUAUUAAAUUAUCAUCUAUAUCAUGGCUGAUCAUAUGGUUGAUGGACCGCCUAAUAAGCGUCCAAAACUUGGAGACACAUUUCAAGGACCUUCUGAUUCUUCAGUGAAUAUGGCGCCUAUAAUGAUGCACCAUUCUUAUAACUAUGGGGGAGGUGGCAGUGGUAACUUACAACAAAUGCAGGGCCCACAACAACAACAACAACAACAGCAACAACAACUACAUCUGCAACAGCAUCAAAUGCAGCAACACUGGAACAACAGUAACACCCAAAGAAGAAAUUAUAUAACAAACAAUGACAUGUUUGAUCUUGAAAAUGAUCUUCCUGAUGAUUUGUUAUCAUCGGGUUCUUGGAGUUCAGCACCUGAAAGUGCAAAACCACCGGCGACAGGUCCUGGACCAGGUCAACAAAAUGGAGCAUUAGACUCGGAAAUACGUCAGCAUGUUCAACAACAACAACAACAACAACAGCAACAACAACAACAACAACUUUCACAUCAUCUCCUCCAACAGCAACAACAGCAACAGCAGCAACAACAACAACAGCAGCAGCAGCAGCAACAACAGGGAAAUAAAAAUCUCGUGGCAAAUUCAUUGGUCAUGGCAGCAGGUUCAUUAAAUAGUAAAAGUCCAAAUAUGCAAUCACCACCAAAUGUAUCAGUAUCAAAAAAUGUUGUUGAUCAACAGAUGGUUGUCAGUUUGGGUAAUUUGCCAAGUAGUAUUGCAAGUUCAUUAGCAAAUAAUCAAAUGUCAUUAGUUAAUUCAAUGGGUGGUUUACAACCGUCAUCAAUGAGUAUGGCUGGUAGUAAUCCAUCAAUGUCAAUGCCAAGUGGUGGAAUGAAUUCUGCAUUAAUUAUGACAAGUAGUGCAACUGGUAAUAAUAAUAAUAUGGGUGGUAUGGCUGGUGGUGGUUUAGUUGUUGCAAAUAGUUUAAAUAAACAACCACUAAAUACUGUUACAAUGAUGGGUCCUAAUUCACAAGGUGUACAUCAUCAACAAGGUCCACAUGGAGUUGGUCAAAUGCAAAAUGGUCCAAGUUUAAUAAAUGCAAGAGCUGCUGCAAUGCAACAACAACAACAGCAACAACAACAGCAGCAGCAGCAACAACAACAACAACAACAACAACAACAACAAGCACAUAUGGUUGGACCAACGAGGGGACAAUCACCACAUCAACAAUUACAUCAAGGUGGUAUUGUUGGUGCUGGACAAGGUGGUCCAAGAAUGCAAGCACCUCCAAAUAUGCAACAAAAUAUGACAAAUAUGAAUCAAUUAAAUUCUUCCGGUCCUUAUGGUUAUGUUAAUCCACUUCAAAGAGGAGUUGGACCAAAUAUGGCAAUGCAAGGUGGACGUUUUAGUGGACCAGGUGUACCAAUGGUUAAUGCUGGUAUUGGUAAUGUUGGAAAUGUUGGAAAUGUUGGAAAUAUUGGUGGUGUAGGUGGUGGAGUUGGUGUAGGUAAUGUUAAUGUUAAUGUUGGUGGUCAAGAAGGUGGAAUGGCACAACAAACACAACCACCAACACCAAGUCCAGCACAACCACAAUCUGGUGCACCAACUGGUGGUCAACCAGGUCCACAACAAGCAACACAAGGACAAUCAACUGGUAAUACACAAACAAGUGGACAACCAGCUGAUCCAGAACAUCGUAAAUUAAUUCAACAACAACUUGUAUUAUUAUUACAUGCACAUAAAUGUCAAAUACGUGAACGUUCAGCAACAAAUGGUGAAUCAUGGCGUUGUACAUUACCACAUUGUAAAACAAUGAAAAAUGUAUUGACACAUAUGACAACAUGCGAAGACGGUAAAGAAUGCUCAAUGCCACAUUGUAGUUCAUCUAGACAAAUAAUAACACAUUGGAAACAAUGUCAACGCACUGAUUGUCCUGUAUGUUUACCAUUAAAACAAGCUGAUAAAAUGAAAGCAGCAACCAAUGCUAAUGCAAGAACAGCUGUUGCAACUGCUACAAAUCAGCAAACAAAUAAUAAUAAUAACAACAAUAGUAAUAGUAAUAAUAAUAAUAACAAUAGUAGCAACAAUAACAAUAUUAAUAAUACCAACAGCAACAAUAAUAAUAGUAAUAGUAGUAGUAAUAAUAAUAAUAACAACAAUAAUAAUAAUAAUAACAGUAAUAAUAAUAAUAAUCAGCAACAACCAAGUCCAAGUCAAUCAGAAAUGCGUCGUGCAUAUGAUUCAUUGGGUAUGCAAUGUCCAACAACAACACCAGGUUUAAUGCCCGGUGGUUUAGGACGUGGUAUACGUGGUCCUGGACCAGUUAUGCAAGGUCCACCGCCAGGUGCAAUGACACCAACUGAUGUAAGACUUGCACAACCACAAACUGUUCAACAAAGUGGUAUUGUACAACCAGUAUUAACUAGUAAUCAACAAGUUAUUGCUCCAAAUGUAUCAUUACCAUUAAAUUCUGAUCCAACAACAGUAUCAGCACCAGUUGUUAAUCAAAAUGUAACAACAACUGGUUCAGUAACAAUACCACCACAACCUCAGCAACAACAACAGCAACAACAGCAACAACAACAACAACAACAACCACCAUCAUCAAUAGCAGCCAAUAUUCAUCAAUCAGUUAAUAUGCAACAAUUAUUUGGUUUAAAUGAAUCUGGUCAACCAGCAAAUAUUAGUGAAAAUCGUUUACCAAGUUUACAAUUACCUGGUGGUUUAAAUGCUGGACAAGUUACAGCAAAUCCAGUACAAGGAACAAAAGAAUGGCAUCAAUCAGUAACACCAGAUUUACGUAAUCAUCUUGUUCAUAAAUUAGUACAAGCAAUAUUUCCAGCACCAGAUCCACAAGCAAUGUUUGAUAAAAGAUUGCAUAAUUUAGUUGCAUAUGCGAGGAAAGUUGAGGGUGAUAUGUAUGAAAUGGCUAAUUCAAGAUCUGAAUAUUAUCAUUUGUUGGCUGAAAAAAUAUAUAAAAUUCAAAAAGAACUUGAAGAAAAACGUCAAAAACGUAAAGAACAACAAUUAGCUCAGCAGCAACAACAACAACAACAGCAACAGCAGCAACAACAGCAGCCAUUAGGGCCAGGUGGUCCUCCACCUGGAGUGAGGCCGUGCGUACCACCAAAUGUUGUUAAUCCAGCAGUUCCAUCACCCAGACAAGUACCUCCAAAUUUACGUAGUCAUUCACCGGGUAUGGUACAAAUUGGAAAUAUGCCAGGUAUGCCAGGUUUACAACAUAAUCGUAUGCAAUUUCCUGGUCAACAACAACAACAGCAACCACAAUCACAGCCAUUACAAAAUCCUCAACAGCAAUCAAUUUCAGGUCAACAAACACAACCAGGAAUGCUUGUUGGACCACCUGGACCAAGUCCAAAUGCUCAAGCAAACACAAAUUCAAAUAUGGUUAAUAAUCCUGGUUUAAUACCAUUUGCUUCACAACAACAACAACAAAUGUCACAAGCAAAUUUAACAACAUCAACAACAUCAUCAUCGGCAACUACUAGUCAAUUUCCCACGUCAAAUGGUACUUCAGGUUUACCAAAUACAUCACCAGUACAAAAUCAACAUCAAUUUCCAGAUAUGGUUAAAGCAAGAUUACAACAAGUACAUCAACAACAACAAUUACAGCAAGCUCAAGCUGUUCAACAACAACAACAAGCACAAGCACAAGCUCAAGCUCAAGCUGUACAACAACAACAGCAGCAGCAGCAGCAGCAACAGCAACAACAACAACAACAACCACCAAGUACACCGGUGCAAAAUACAAGUUCAAUUCCUCAAGCACCAUCGCCUUUUAGUAGUUUACAACAACAAAAUAAUCAAACAAAUCAACAAUUUUCAAAUACACGGCCAAUAUCAUCAACCACACCAAAUGACAAUGGUAUACCAUCUGUAAAUACACCACAAACAAUACAACAACCAUUAGCAUCAAGUGGACCAAGUCCAGGACCACAAUCAAUAACAGCAACAACAACACCAACACCAACUCCAACACCAACAACAACAACGACAACAACGACAAAUGGACCACAAUCAUUAUUAUCAAUAUCAACACCACCAUUAUUACCAUCAACACCACCACGUUCAUCAACAACACCAUCACCAACUGGUGGUAUUGCAUCACUUGGUAAAGGUAUGACAUCACAAGAAAGAGCAGCACUUAAUGCACCACGUAAUUCAUCAAUGUCAUCACAAAUGGCUGCAUUAGCUGCAUUAGAUAAUGAAAGUUCACCAAGUCCACCAACAAAUAAUAAUAAUAAAGGUAAAUUAGAUUCAAUUAAAGAAGAAAAUAUUAAAAUGGAAAUAAAACAAGAAGAUUUUGGUGAUAAUAAUCAUCGUAUGGAUGGUGGUAAAAAUGUUAAUGAAGUUGGUGUUAAAAGUGAAAUAAAAACUGAACCAAUGGAUGAAACAAGUAGUGAUGGUAAUAGUGGUAAUAUUGGUGGUAGUAGUAGUAAUAAUAAUAAUAGAGAUGAUACUAUAUCAAUAAAAGAAGAACCACGAACACCAAUGUCAAGCAGUGGUAGUGGUGAUACAUCAUCUGAUACAAAACCAAUGGUACCAGAACCAAUACAACAACAAACGGGCACGUCAAUUGACAAAAAACAAUUGUGCUUAUUUAAACCAGAUAAACUAAGACAAGCACUUAUGCCAACGUUUGAAAAAUUAUAUAGACUUGUACCAGAAUCAUUACCAUUUCGUCAACCAGUUGAUCCACAAGCAUUGGGCAUUCCAGAUUAUUUUGAUAUUGUUAAGAAACCUAUUGAUUUAUCAACAAUUAAAAAAAAACUUGACACAGGACAGUACAGUGAUCCAUGGGAAUAUGUUGAUGAUGUAUGGUUAAUGUUUGAUAAUGCAUGGCUUUAUAAUAAAAAAACAUCACGUGUUUAUAAACAUUGUACAAGAUUAUCAGAAGUAUUUGAACAAGAAAUUGAUCCAGUUAUGCAAUCGCUUGGCUAUUGCUGUGGUAGAAAAUAUACAUUUAAUCCACAAGUAUUGUGUUGUUAUGGAAAACAAUUGUGUACAAUACCAAGAGAUGCUAAAUAUUAUUCCUACAAAAACAGAAACAGUAUAACAAGUUAUGUUCCUUCCUCUGACAGAUACACCUUCUGUCAGAAAUGUUUCAGCGACAUUCCUGGUGAUACUGUUACCUUGGGAGAUGAUCCCACUCAACCACAAACUGCUAUUAAAAAAGUCGAAUUUCUUGAAAUGAAAAAUGAUCAUUUAGAAUUGGAACCAUUUGUUUAUUGCUCUGAUUGUAAAAGAAAAGUUCAUCAAAUUUGUGUUCUUCAUAUGGAUUCAAUAUGGCCACAAGGACAUACCUGUGAUAAUUGUUUAAAGAAAAAAGGCCAAAAACGAAAAGACAAUAAAUUUAAUGCAAAACGUUUGCCAGUUACAAAAUUAGGUACAUAUAUUGAAACACGUGUUAAUAAUUUUCUACGUAAAAAAGAAUCACGUGCUGGUGAAGUUGCAAUACGUGUUGUUGCAUCAAGUGAUAAAGUUGUUGAAGUUAAACCUGGUAUGAGAAGUAGAUUUGUUGAAAAUGGUGAUAUGCCUGGUGAAUUUCCAUACAGAGCUAAAGCAUUAUUUGCAUUUGAAGAAAUUGAUGGUACUGAUGUCUGUUUUUUCGGUAUGCAUGUACAAGAAUAUGGAAGUGAAUGUACACCACCAAAUACAAGACGAGUUUAUGUUGCAUAUCUUGAUUCAGUACAUUUUUUCGAUCCAAAACAAUUUAGAACAGCUGUUUAUCAUGAAAUAUUACUUGGUUAUUUAGAUUAUGCUAAACAACUUGGAUAUACAAUGGCUCAUAUUUGGGCAUGUCCACCAUCUGAAGGUGAUGAUUAUAUAUUUCACUGCCAUCCACAAGAUCAAAAAAUUCCAAAACCUAAACGCCUUCAAGAAUGGUAUAAAAAAAUGUUGGACAAAGGAAUUGUUGAACGAAUAGUACUUGAUUACAAGGAUAUUUUAAAACAAGCAAUGGAGGAUAAAUUAUCAUCAGCAGCUGACUUGCCAUAUUUUGAGGGUGAUUUUUGGCCAAAUUCAUUGGAAGAAAAAAUUAAAGAACUUGAUCAAGAAGAAGAAGAAAAACGUAAACAAGCUGAGGCAGCUGAAGCUGCUGCAGCAGCAACAAAUGCAAUAUUUUCAACAGCUGAUGAAUCAGAAACUGGGUCAGAUGGUAAGAAAAAAGGACAAAAAAAAGCUAAAAAAUCAAAUAAAUCAAAAGCAAAUCAACGUAAAAAUAGUAAAAAAUCAAAUACACCACAAACGGGAAAUGAUUUAUCAGCAAAAAUAUUUACUGAAAUGGAAAAACAUAAAGAAGUAUUUUUUGUAAUAAGAUUACAUAGUGCUCAAAGUGCAGCAAGUUUAGGUCCAAUACAAGAUCCUGAUCCAGUAACAAAUUGUGAUUUAAUGGAUGGACGUGAUGCAUUUUUAACAAUGGCACGUGAAAAACAUUAUGAAUUUUCAUCAUUAAGAAGAGCGAAAUUUAGUUCAAUGUCAAUGCUUUAUGAAUUACAUAAUCAAGGAUCAGAUAAAUUUGUCUAUACAUGUAAUAAUUGUAAAAGUCAUGUUGAAACAAGAUUUCAUUGUACAGUAUGUGAUGAUUUUGAUUUAUGUAUUAGUUGUAAAGAAAAAGAUGGUCAUUGUCAUCAAAUGAAAAGACUUGGUUUUGAUUUGGAUGAUGGUUCAUCACCAGCAAAUUCAAAACAACAAAAUCCACAAGAAGCUAGAAAAUUAUCAAUACAAAGAUGUAUACAAUCAUUGGUGCAUGCAUGUCAAUGUCGGGAUGCAAAUUGUCGUUUACCAAGUUGUGGUAAAAUGAAAAGAGUUGUUACACAUACUAAAGUAUGUAAAAGUAGAACAAAUGGUGGUUGUCCAAUAUGUAAACAACUUAUUGCACUUUGUUGUUAUCAUGCUAAACACUGCCAAGAAACAAAAUGUCUCGUACCAUUCUGUUCAAAUAUAAAACACAAAUUGAAACAACAACAAUUACAACAAAGAUUACAACAAGCACAAUUAUUAAGAAGAAGAAUGGCUGCAAUGAAUGGACGUCAAACUGGUGCUCAAGUUAAUGCAAUACAAGGUAGUCAACCAACACCAACAACACCAAUACCACAACAGCAACAACAGCCACCAGCUCCACCACCACAAGCACAACAACAAUCUCUACCACAACAACAACAACAACAACAACAACAACAACAACAACAAUCUCUACCACAAUCAUUACCACAAUCACAACCAUCUAUACCAAUGAGUGGUGGUGGUGGUGUUGGUAUUGGUAUUGUUGGUCCUGGUGGUGUUGGAGGUAAUGUUAUUGGUGGUAUUGCUAUGAAACCAGGCAUAAGUCCAACAAAUUUACCAUCACCACAUCAAACUGGUAUUGGUUUAAAACCUGGUACACAAACACCACCAGCACAUGUAUUACAAGUUGUUAAACAAGUACAAGAAGAAGCAGCAAGACAACAAGCACCACAUGGUGGUUAUGGUAAAGUUAAUCAAUCAAAUAUUGGACCAGUUGGUGUACAGGGUGGUGUUGUAGGUAAUAUUGGUGGUAAUGUUAAUAUUGUUGGUGGUGUUAUGCAACCACCAACAAUGCAACGUUCAAUGCCUGUACAAAUGUCAAAUAAUCCACAAGGUACACAUCUUAUGCCAAUGGAACAAUGGGGACCAAGAUAUCAACCAAAUGCUGUUAUGCAACAAAAUCCUGGUCUUCGACAACAAGCACCACAACAAAUAAUGCAACAAGUACAACAACAAGUACAACAGCAGCAGCAGCAACAACAACAACAACAAGUACAGCAGCAACAACAACAACAAGUACAACAGCAACAAGUACAACAACAGCAACAACAACAUCCUGGUCAACCUGGAUUAAAUAUGGGAGUUGGUCCCAUGUCAAGGCUACCAAGUGUUAUUGGAAGUGGUGUUGUACCUGGUGGUGGACCUGGUGUAGGACCACCAAAUGCAAAUGUAAAUAUGCAAUCAAAACAACCACUUCAACAAUUAUUACAAACACUCAGAAGUCCAAGUACACCAGAACAGCAAAGCCAAAUAUUACAAAUACUCAAAAGCAAUCCACCUUUGAUGGCUGCAUUUAUAAAACAAAGACAGCAACAAAGUGGUCAACAACAUGCUGGAGCUGUUAAUCAAAUGGGUCCUAGUCAACAACAACAACAACAGCAACAGCAGCAACAAAAUGCUGGUAAUUUGCAACAUAUGAUGGCCCAACAACAGCAGCAGCAACAACAUCCGCAACAACAAGUUCCUCAUUCUCAACAACAACCAAGCAGGAUACAAAUUCAAGCAAUGUUAUCACAACAACAAGCAAAUCAACAACAACAAGCUAAUCAACAGCAUCAAGGCAAUCAACAGCAUCAAGCUAAUCAACAGCAUCAAGCCAAUCAACAACAAUUACAAUGGUAUAAACAACAACAAGCAAUGAGACAACAACAACAGCAACAACAGCAGCAACAACAACAGCAGCAACAGCAACAACCGUUUACCCAACCACCAGCUCCACCAUAUGGCCAACAAAGGGCCAUUAGGCCACUACUUGGUUAUGGUGGUUUUAAUGAUCAAUCAUAUGGUCAACCUGGUUUAAAACCAACACCUCCACCAGUGCAAUCACCACAGGGUGUUAUGGGACCACCUGGUAUAUUAGGACAACAACAAUUAAUACAAGCUGGUCGUUCACCACCACCAAUACGUUCACCACAACCAAAUCCAUCACCAAGACCCGUACCAUCACCACGUAAUCAACCAGUACCAUCACCACGUUCUGGUCCAGUACCAUCACCUCAUCAUCAUCCAUCACAUGGUACACCAACACAUUCACCAGCUCAUGAAUUAAGUGGACCAAGUGAAAUGAUGCUUUCACUUGGUGCUGGUAGUGGUCCACCAACUGGUCAUCCAGUAACAAUGCCACAUCAUCCAUCACCAGUACCACCAGCAUCAAGUGGUAAUGAUCAAAAUGAUGUUACACCAAUGACACCACAAGAUCAAUUAUCAAAAUUCGUUGAAGGAUUGUAGUGAUUGUUUGCCGUAUGAUCGAUCCCAAUUAUUCAAAUGAUCGACAACGAACAAAUUAGUGACAAGACGCUUUAAAUCAAGUUUAUUUUUUUUAUUAUUUUUUUUUUAAUAUAUAAAACAGUGAUUGCACUUGAAUUUAAUAUUCAUUGACGGGAUUUGAAACUAUUGUGGCGCCAAUCAUUGCAUUUUUUUUUUUAUAUUUAAAAACAAAUUAUGUGCGCGAUAAAAUGAUGUUGAUGAAGAUGAUGAUGAUGAUGGUGAUGUUAUGUUCCUAAGUCUCGUGAUAAAAAAAAAAAAAAAAAAGUCUCUCCUGACUUGUAGAUUUGUACACAAAUAAAAAAUUGAUUACUUAUAUAUAUUAUUAUGUUUAAAAAAGAUUAAAAAAAUAAAAAAAUAAAAAUAGAAUAAUAAAAUAACAAUUAUAGAUAAUAAAAUAAAUUAAUUUAAUAUUUUAAAUAAAAAGUCAUCAAUAAAGGUAAACACAUACACAUACAUACACACAUAAAUAUAAUAUUAUUAAUGAAAUUUUUGUUGUAAUAUUUUAUGUGUAUACCAAUUGAUGAAUGCAUGUUUAUUGAGAAGAGUGUGUAUUUGUGUGUUGUGUGUUUUGUGUUGUGUGUUACCUUUUGCGAUAACAUUUUCCGAGCCAAGGGUCAAAACGCGUGGUUAUACUAAUCAAUUUCCCGGUGACGUUGACUGCAAAAAUAAUAAAUAAACAGAAUUUUUACUGAACUGGUGCGUGAUAUAAAUUAUUUAAAAAAAAUAAAAAAUAAAAAAAAAAAAAAAAAAGAGGAUAAAUGAAAUGUUGAAAGUAUAUGUAUAUUGAGUUGCUGAUUGUCUGAUUUAUUUAGAAAAAAAAAAAGUAAAAUGAAUUUUCAAUAUAAUAAUGUGUGAGUGAGUGUCUUGUUAAUAAUAAUGUGACUAAUUGGUGCGGCUUAGUUAUAUAUCAAAUGCCGAAUGGGAUUUUUAAAUAAUGCUAAAGAACCUCAAAGACUAAACGAAAUUUUAGUCGAAAUAUUUCAUAGACAAAGACUAUCUCGCCACACCAAAACAUAUUUUUUCUUUUUAGAUAUUUUCUCUCCCUUUUUUUGCCUGUUUAAAAUGACCCCUUGCCACUAUAUGUUUCCACCCAACAAUUAAUUAUAUUAUAUAAUAAACAAUGUAAAAAAAAAAAAAAAAA